AUGGAUGUCGACAAUCCAAAUACCCCCACCUCACGCGAUCCUCGCCUCAUUAGUCGAAACAGGCCAGCGCCAGUCAGGCCAGCGUCUCUAGAUACUGGCAUAUUGGGUUCUCCUAAUGGUCAUAAGUUAGGCGUACGACCAACGAACAAUCCUCCGCCUAUUGACAGGCAAGAUGGGUCUCCUGGAGAUCAAUUCAUUCGCACCCUCUCAGAAUUGAUCAAAGCUGCUGUUGACACUGCUACUCGAGAAGUCGAAAAGGAUAAAUUGCUGAGGAAGAAGGACACGACAGAGGGUCUGCUGCGAAAGGCAAAAGCUGCGCCAAAUUUCCCAUCAACCACAGCAUUUUUCCAGCAAGCUCGCAAGGAUGAAGAUUCUGAGUUGACACGAAUGGAUGAGACUAUCACUAAACACCAAGCCCACUAUCGCCAGCUAGAAAAUUCUCUCACGACCAAGUGGGUGCCUUUGCUUCUGCGCAACCAUUCUGAUUCGGACGAGAAGAUAAACAAACUACGGGAUGAAAUUCGGGCGCUCAAGAAGCAAGUGGGAGAUUCGGAAUCAGAUGCGAGUCGUGAGAAAUAUCAGUUGUUAGAGACCAAGAUGAAGGUGCUUCAGGAUCGUGUUGUCCUGCUCGAGAAGACUUCCGGCAACCAUGCGACUUCUAUCCACGCUCAGAUGAGAUACGAAAAAGAGAUUAAGGAACGCGUUGAUAAAUUGAGUUCAGAUAUUGCUCAAUUCCCCUCUCAGGAAACCGUACUGAAACACGUUUCAUCGGAAGUUGAGGAGUUGAAAAGAAUCACUAUGGCCUUGGAUGCCAAGCUGAGCUCUUUGCAAAAGGCACAGGAGGAAUAUUCGGGUUCUCUCGAAAGAGUAAACAAAAGUAUCGAUGCGCAGCAGAAACGUCUCGAUGCCAGCAACGAUAAUUCUACUACUUUUGAGAAGAAAUUCAAAGAAAUCCAGGAGCGUCUGGCCCCAAUAGAAAAGGUCCAGGUAAUUCCGCCGGAGGGUCCAGCGACAGCUCCAAUUGACGCAUCUAGUAUUGAGUUGCGUUUGAAGAAUGUCGAAGACAAUCUAUCCAAGAUUCCCAGACCUGACGCAUCCUUGCAGUCGACAGUCCAGAAUUUGUCAGAACAACUCCAGCAAUUACAAAGUCUUCAGGCCAUGAAAGACGAGUUCCAUUUCGCAGAAAUGGAGGAGAUUAAGAAAUCAACCGUCGAUAAAGCCGAGAUACAAUCAUUGAAAGACAGCUACAGCCGCCUUGCCGACGAAGCACGGAGAAUAAGCCAGUUGGACCGUGCAGGAGCUGUAGAUCAAGCUGAGAUACAGUCAUUGAAAGACAGCUACAGCCGCCUUGCUGGAGAAAUACAGCAAAUGAGCCAGUCGGACCGUGCAGGAGCUGUAGAUAUACAGUCACUGAAAGACAGCUACAGCCGCCUCGCUGGAGAAAUACAGAAAAUGAGCCAGUUGGACCGUGCAGCAGCCGUGGAUAAAGCUGAGAUACAAUCGUUGAAAGAGACCUCCAGCCGCCUCGCUGAAGAUAUGGAGAAAAUGAGCCAGUGGAACCCCGCAGCAGCUCUUCAGCAAAUUCGCACGACAGACGUGAAAAUCAACACAAUCGACAUGGCAUUAAAAGAUUCCAAUCGCUUACUCGAGAGUGUGCGCGUCGGCCUUCAUUCCCUGGAGACGCGUUACAAUCAUCUUUCCACUGAAAUGGUCGUAAAGAACAUGGUCGUUGCCAUGCAAGAGAUGUACCCCUCUGCAGGCCAAUUGACAGAUCAGAUCACAACCUUGAGAAAUCAAGCCGAGAAAGAAAUAUCAUCUCUGAAAAGGACCAUUGAGCAGCUUGUUCAGGCCCAAAAUAGUCAGGAGGCUUUGGUAAACCGCCUUCAAGACGACGUCGGCCAGCGUUCAGCAGAAGUAACCCAUCUCAGGGAGUCCUUUGGAAAGGUAGCCCAUCAGGUCUCUGCUCUCACUGAACAGCUAGAGGGUGUACGCGCUCUGCCAGACAAACUUCAGCAAUUGCACGCCAACUUCGACUCUCUUACUGAGCAAUAUCGAGAAGACAUCUCUGAAAUUAAAGACCAUCUUAAAGGCAAAGAGUUGGCCGAUGGUCAAAACAAAAUUGAGUUGGAUGAAUCCUUCCGCGAAUUGAAAGACCAGGUCCAAAACUUAUCCAGUGGCCUCAACCAGAUGAAAGUCGUGAUGAAAGAAAUCACCUUAAAUAAAAAGGAUUUGCAAUCCCUCGAUGAUCGCUUCCGCCGCUUCGAGGAAUCCGUGUCGGCCGAUCAUCGGGAUUUGUCAGAGCAAAUUAAUGCGCUCAAAGAUUCUUUGGAAUCCCAGCAAUCCAUAGUGCAGGCGCUAGAUUCUCUCCCAGCCAGUGGGAUACAAUCACCGAAGCGUGAACAGAGCCCUGCAGGAUCAGAUGCCGCCCCACUCCCAAACUAUACUGAGAUGGCCGAGGCCAAUCCUGCGCUGGCAUUGCGCGAGAAGAAGAAAAAGAAGAAACGACCACGUCCUUCAACCAUAUCCGACGAUGAAAAUGAGAGAUCAUCUGGUGCUAGAAAUGAGUCUCCCAUGACAUUCUCUUCACCAGUUCAUACAUUGGACAAUGAAGAUGCAUCGCCCUCGGAGAGCAAGAGAAAGUCCAAGAAGAAGAAAAAGCGCAGGUUGAUCACCGAGGGACCCAUCACCAUAGAUUAG